AUGCAUUCUUCAUGGUCUAAAUUUCAAAACAAUUUACAUUUUACCUCUCUCUUUCUCCCUCUGAUUUCUUAUCUUCUCCUGUUGGCAUAUUUCCCUCCUACUCUUCUGUGCAUUUUAAUUAGUGCUCUCUCUCUCACUUAUUUUUUCUCUUUCCCUCCCUUUGACAGUUUCAACAUCUUCCCUACAAAAAUCACUCUUCCAACUCCCCCCUCUCUCUUUCUUAUUUUUUACUUUCUCUUUUUGGGAUAUUUUUCUCUCACUUUUCUAUACAUUUCUAGUAGUGCUUUUCUCUCUUUUAUAUCUCUCUUUAUCCCUCUUUCUUUCACUGGUUCCUUCUCUUCCCCUCUCUUUGGCAGUCUUAACAACUUUCCUGCUGAAAGUCAAUCUUCCAACUCAUCUCUCAUAUUAGACAUUAUUUCUCUCUCGCUUUCUCUCACUCUCUCUAUCUAUCCCCAUCUGUUCCUAUCUAUCUAUCUAUCUAUAGAGCAUUUCUUUCCUUUUUCAAUUCUCAUAAUUUCUUUGCCACACAACUAA